CGUUUCAGAAGCUGUCCUUUUUCCGUUGUAAACAUCGCUUGGGUGGUAGUCUGACAGUUAAACCAAAGACAACUUUUUUUAUUGUCAGGUCAAACAUUUUUAACGCGUAGUCUUGUAUCAUGAAGAAGUUUUUAGAGGACUUCAAGAAGGAUAUAAAAUUCAAAUCGGCGGGACCAGGAAAGAAACUUACAGAAGACAAAAGCAACUCUAAACCUGAGGUCUCGCAGUCGACCGCUCAUGCCGCAUCCAGAAAACCUCCAACUAAAGGUGCGCAGAUGGCAGGGGCCGCCGCUCUUGCCAGGAUUGACCAACAGCAUCGCCCGAAAGUCCAAACAUCACAGGAUGCUAUAAGAAAUCAGGUCAAGCGGGAACUUGAAGCGGAGGCGGCCGCCACUGCGGCCAGUCAAAAGAACACAGAGUUGGAAGGCUCCAACGUUCCACAGAAGGAUCCAUCUUCUUUCUCAGUGUCGGGGGUGUAUUUUAUUUGUCCCCUUACUGGCAAAACCUUAACAAAGAGCGAGAGAGAGCUUCACAUCAAGGAGGCCAUUCUGAUGAGGUUUUCUGAGGAUGCGCUGGAGGCCUCCAUUAUGAUGGUUCACACCUUCAAUAAAGAUAAAGAGAAAGUUAAAGCUGCCGUGGAAAUUAUCAGCAAGUACAUAGAUAACAUCUGUAAGAAUCCAACAGAGGAGAAGUAUCGGAAGAUCAAAGUCAGCAACAAAGUGUUUCAGGAGAAGGUCAGUGGAGUCGAGGGCACUCGGGAGUACCUGCAAGCUCUGGGGUUUGAAAGCACUAUGAUGCCAGUAGAAUGCGAAGAUAAGACUGAGGAGUACCUGGUGUUGCCGCCACAAGAAUCAGAGGCCCUGGAGCAGAUGAAGGUUCAUCUGGAGUGUCUUCAGCAGGGAGAGCCAAUCAGAGCAAAGCUGGACCGUCAGCCGCAGGUCUUCAGACCAUCUCAGCACGCCACGCAUUUCGAACUCCCCCCUGACUUUUACAAUCUGACCCCAGAGGAACUGAAGAAAGAACAGCAGCUUAAGAGUGAAAUUGUGGAGAGAAACGCAAUGCUGAGAACGAAAGCCAUGCGUGAAAAAGACGAGCAGAGAGAGAGAAGAAAGUACAACUACGCCCUUCUGAGAGUUCGGAUGCCGGAUGGAAUUAUACUUCAGGGUACUUUCCUGGCCUGGGAGAAGGUGGCAGCGUUGUACCAGUUUGUGCGUGAUACGCUGGAGAAUGGCUGGCAACCCUUCGAGCUGAUGGCACCUGGAGGACAGAAACUGAAGGAUGACGAGUCCAUGGUGCUAAAUGAGUGUAACCUGGCUCCAGCAGCUCUGCUAACCUUCUCAUGGGACGCCGCAGUGCUGGCAGAUAUCGCUGCUGCUGGUGGGAAAACUGCCAUUUUGCUUAAACCAGCACUAUUGGAGAAUAUAAAAACCCUGAGCUAAACGUAUAAUCCUGUUGUUUCUCUCCGGUCACUGCUGUCCCUUACCUGCAUCCUGCUGCCACUCUCCUAUCCUCCCCCCACUGCUAGAGUUCCAACAAUCCCAUAAAUGCAAGACGAGCCUAAUAUGUUGGUUGUAUCCACAGCAUGAAUUAAAUGGAUUUAUAGUGCUGUAUGAUUAAAACUGUGGGAUCAGAAACAGCAUUUUGCUGUGGGUAGUAUGUUUGAGGAGUUUUUGCACCUUAAGGGCCACGUCUAAACAUUCUGUACUAUUAUAACACAUUGUUGCUUUAUGACUGGUCACAAUUAUAACGUCAUGCUGUUGUAGGCAUCUACACUAGCUCCUAAAUGACUCCUGCAGCGCUGAUUGGAACUGUUCAGGUCUCGGGUGAAACCAUUGCAAUGCAGCAAAUUAAAAGUACGUUUUAGCCACUGUUAAUGAUAAAGAUGAAUGUACCAUAAAAUCUAUAUUCCGCAAAGACUGUUUGAAAUUUAAUUGUCUAAUUGGAGCACUACAUGUGUCAGGUUUGUGUUGUAUUUUUGUUUGCCUGCUUAACUAAAACGAAGGUUCACAUGAAUGUUAUAUUGCAACUAGAUUUAGGCAAAAUCUCUUUUCAACAACAGUCUACCUCCUAACACGGAUGUAUUUUGCACAUUUGUUUUUCAAGAAUAUCCCACUUCAGUUAAAAACACUGCUUGUAGUUAGUCCAGACUGGUUGGUUGCAUAUGACAUUGUCUAAUGACUAGCUUGUGAAACAUUUUUAUUAAACCGUGUUAUAUUCUUAAAAUAUGAAGUGCUGUAAUUUACAGUUAUCUUUCAACCUGUAUUGUUCUGUUGCUUGACAUAACAUGAAAUAAAAUGCAUUGCCUGAUCAGUUAA